AUGUAUUCGGUUUGUCUACUAUUUGUUAGAGCACUAUCUGCAGCCAGAAACCCCUGUUUGACCAACACCUCACACUCUACAUACCCCUCCUCUACAUAUACUAUCAACAUGGCUCCCCCAAAACACACUCCCCGCUCAAUCCUCGAAACCUUCUACGCCGCGGAACGAAUCUACAUGUCUGCACUCCCCUCCUCCCGAGACUUCACGACCCUAGCCGCCGUCGUCUCCCCCACCUUCCGCCUCGAACAAACCUCCGCGCUCCCCUACGCAGGAACCUACAUUGGCCCACGGGGAUUCCAAGACUGGGCGACGCGCAUGGCGGACUACUUUGACGUCGUGGACGUGCGGGACCCCGAGGUGUUUGAGCGCGACGGGUCGAACAAGGUGAUGGUUCUGGCGAAUGUGCUGUUCCGCGUGAGGGCUACGGGGGAGGAGUUGCUUUUCCCGUUUGCGCAGGCGAUUACGGUGGAUCUCGAGCUCGGGGUGAUGACUGAGCUCAGGCCGUUUUAUUGGGACGUUGCUGCUGUUAAUAAGGCGUUGGGUGUUGGCCAGUGA